UAAAUUUAUAAUUGAGUGAUCUUUAAUUACCAUAAUCAUCUUAUACUUUUCCUUAAAAAAUCUUCAAAAAGUCAAGAUUUUUCGACGUGGAACUCUGUCUAUCCUUAAAAUAAUCUCAUUGGUCUGACCGCCAUGAAAGGAUUAUUUUGGUAGGUUGAAUUGCAUCUGAUAUUCUGAUAGCUUCAAGCCUCCAACCCCCGUAUUCUACUAUCAUGACAGUGAAAAGAGCAGUAUCUCAUGAAAUUUUUGGUUACCGGAUAGUUAGCGCGGCCAAAUCGCCUGUUAUCUCUAUAACCCUGUUUGCUCUUCUAAUAGUUUUCAUGUUUGCAGAUAGUAUCAUUUCUAACGUAUCGCUGCAGUCAGCUGCCUUCACUGAAAAAGAAGACUCUGAAGUGUUACAGACACCAAAGGUUGUAAGAAAAAUAAAGUCGGAUGUUCCUUCUGUACCAUUGAAAUUUUCUGCAGAAAGAAACACCAUUAAUGUUGAUAAUGAAAAGCCGAAUUCUCUAGUUUCUUUCUCGGGUGUUAGAGAAGAACAGAGAAUUGGGAGAUUCGGGAGAAAACUGCCAGAAUAUGAGAUUUUCAGGUCGGAUGACUUGACAAAGAAGUUUCAUGGUCGAGUUCUGGAAUUCUCCAACCAGACGUGUGAAGUUCAAUUCUUCAUGACAUGGAUUUCAACGGCAGGGUCCUUUGGCAGAAGGGAAAUCUUAGCUGUGGAAAGUGUUUUUAAAGCACAUCCUCAUGGUUGUUUGAUGAUUCUAUCAAGAACCAUGGACUCUGUGCAUGGUUACAGGAUCCUGAAACCGCUACUUGAUCGUGGCUUCAAAGUUCUAGCAGUCACACCAGACUUUCCAUUUCUUCUCAAGAAUACACCGGCUGAAGCUUGGUUUGAUGAUAUGAAGAGUGGGAAAAAGGACCCCGGUGAGAUUCCACUGGCCCAGAAUCUAUCUAAUCUAAUGAGACUUGCAGUUUUAUACAAGUAUGGAGGCGUUUACUUGGACACAGAUUUUAUAGUCCUGAAAAGUUUUAAAGGGCUGAAGAAUACAAUCGGAGCUCAAAGUAAUGAUGCUGUGUGUAAGAAAUGGACAAGAUUGAACAAUGCAGUUCUGGUCUUUGAAAUGAACCAUCCACUUCUAUUCAAGUUCAUACAGGAAUUUGCUUUAACCUUUGAUGGAAACAAAUGGGGACAUAAUGGGCCCUAUAUGGUUUCCAGGGUAGUUCAAAGAGUAGAAGGAAGACCUGGUUUUAAUUUUACCAUCUUGUCACCCAUGGCCUUCUAUCCUGUUGAUUGGAUUAAAAUAGGGAGCCUUUUUAAGAUGCCUAAAGACAGGACUGACUCGAGAUGGGUAGAAGCUAAGCUGCAUCAGCUAAACGGGCAAACUUAUGGAGUACAUCUCUGGAAUAAGCAAAGUAGCAAAUUAAUGAUUAAAGAGGGAAGUGUAAUGGGAAGAUUAAUAUCAGAACACUGUGUCUUGUGUAGAAACAUAUAUAGUUCUUAAAAGCAAAAUUUUCAGCCUGAGGAUGG